AGAGGAAGCCAGGGAAAGCUGAGGGGAAUACAGUGCCACCUACAGGCCUUGACCUCCUUCCCCUCUGUACGCGAAUGGACAGAGACCUGAAAGGGGUCAAAGAGUGGCAAGGAGAGUGCCCGCAGUGGCGUGGUGAGGCAGGCGGAAGAGGAGAGGGGAGGAGCGUGGAAGGAUCUGUUUGACUAUAUACAAUGAAAGUUUGGACGCAGCACGUCCUCAGGUAUGUCUGUCCCGCCGCCGCGGUGUACCUGGUGGCCACGCAGGUGUGCAGCAGCUUCCUUAAGGCCGGUGAGGCCGAGCGCCAGACGGGGCGGGGCGGCACGGGGCCCGACACUCCGUCCUGCCGCGCCCUCUUCACAGUCAUGGACAUCGCCCGCCGCCAGGCAGCCAACGUCAGCCUCUUCAUACACGACCUUCAAGGGUAUUCGCCUCCUCACAAGAUCAAUGGAGAUUGGAGGGCUCGAGCACCCCCUGGCCGCAGCCGCAGCCCCGGCAACGGCAUCUUUGCCGCGGCCGCUGGGGCGGUGCGGCAGCUGCUCCUGAAGAUAACCUCGCCGUCAGGAGCGUCCACGGCAGACUACACCCCGCUGGCCGCCCUCCUUCCCUCCGUGCUGGCCCGCCAGGCAGGGGGUAAGGGCAGCGCCCCGACGGUCACCACCACCACCACCACCAGGAUCGGCGCCGCCGGUGGGCUGCUGCCCUACGUGCCGUGUCAAAUAGCGACCUAUGCUGACCCCGCCUCCGCCACCGCCUGCUUCAGGGAGAGGCUGAGAAAGGAGGACUCCUUAUGGAUCGUCUUUAUGGGGGAUUCCAAGAUUAGGAACCUUUUCUUUGAAUUUAUUGCAAGAAUCGAUGAAGGAAAUAUUUAUUCUAUUAAAUAUAUGAACGGCAGCAUGGCCUUCGGUGCGAAGGAGAGGAUAAACGGGAAGCCCAAAGUGGACAUGGAAGCCUCCAGCGCGCAGCUGCCCGGACUGCGUGUGACUUUCCUGUUCAAGACGUUCAGCGAGCAGACACUGUCAAAGAUAAGGAGCAGCUCGGAGGUGCGGCAGCUGGCGCGGUGGGCGGAGGACCUGGAGGCGCCGCCACACCUGCUGGUGCUGGGUUACUCGUCGUGGGGGACGAAGAAAACGGAUUUUCUGUUCCUGCAUGACGCCCUCGGCUUGCUGAUGGACAUGCACGAGGUGGUGGUGCCUCUCCUACAGAAGAUCAGCUGGAAGACUCGGAUGGUAGUGACGCCAGAAAGCAGGUUCAAAGUCCACGUCAGACCGAGUGCCAUACAACACUACAGCAUCCCCUAUGGCGACCCCACCUAUGAGUGGAGCGAGACAGUGUUCCUGCAUCACCUACGACGGCAUGCACAGCACCCGCCACCAUCUGCACAACACCAUAAACAACCAGUGCGCCGCAGCGAUUCACAGCCCCGAGACCAUCUGGUCCCGGGGACGGCCGAAGGCGGAGUAUGGUGGUGGGACACGAGUCUGCCUCUGAGCCUGGCGGAGAACAGUGAGUGUGAGGAGCUGUUCCUCAGUGGCCUGGCACAUCACCCUCUGUACAAGAGCUUAUUCUUUAGGUGUAACAACGACAUGCACGCGGGCACCGUCACCCUUGGGGACCAGGUCACAAUGUUGCUCAACCUGGCGUGCAACUCCGUGCUGGGAGGACGCGAGGGGCUGUGCUGUGCCUGACGCGAGGGACAAACAGGGAGACUUUGAGGGGCUGUGUUGUGACCAAGGCGAGAGACGCAGCAAGGAGGCCUGUAGAGGUUGUGUUAUUGCUAACUCGAGGGACGCACCAGGGAGACAUCC